AUGGGAGGAGGCAACGGGCAGAAGGCAAAGAUGGCUCGCGAGAGGAACCUGGAGAAGCAAAAAGCUGGUUCCAAGGGAAGUCAGCUUGAAGCAAACAAGAAAGCCAUGUCGAUCCAGUGCAAGGUGUGUAUGCAGACAUUCAUUUGCACCACAUCGGAAGUGAAAUGCAGGGAGCAUGCAGAAGCCAAACACCCCAAAUCUGACGUCAAUACAUGUUUCCCCCACCUUCAGAAAUGA